AUGCCGUCUUCCGAGGACAAGUACGAUACGCUGGAGAAGAUCGGCCAUGGCUCGUUCGGCGUCAUCCGCAAGGUCCGCCGCAAGGCAGACGGCUUCAUCAUGUGCCGCAAGGAGAUCUCCUACCUCCGCAUGUCGCAAAAGGAGCGCGAGCAGCUCCACGCCGAGUUCCAGAUCCUGUCGCACCUGCGACACCCCAACAUCGUCGCCUACUACCACCGCGAGCAUCUUAAGAUCAGCCAGGACCUGCACCUUUACAUGGAGUACUGUGGGAACGGCGACCUGGGACGUGUCAUCAAAGAUCUGCAGCACAAGGGCCACUACGCCCCGGAGAGCUUCGUCUGGAGCAUCUUCACGCAGCUCGUCAUGGCCCUCUACCGCUGCCACUACGGCGUCAACCCCCCCGAGGUGGGCGCCGACGUUCUGGGAUUGACGCAGGGCAAUGCCAGCGGGAACCCCAAGGUGCCCGCGGGCACAAUGACGAUCCUGCAUCGCGACCUGAAGCCGGAGAACGGCGCAGUCUUUCUCGGCGAGGACAACUCGGUCAAGCUCGGCGACUUUGGCCUGUCCAAGAUGAUCAAGUCGCACGACUUCGCCUCGACCUACGUCGGCACCCCCUUCUACAUGUCGCCCGAGAUCUGUGCGGCCGAGAAAUACACGCUCAAGUCGGACAUUUGGUCCCUCGGAUGCAUCAUGUACGAGCUGUGCGCCCGCGAGCCGCCCUUCAACGCAAAGACGCACUUCCAGCUGGUGCAGAAGAUCAAGGAGGCCAAGGUGUCCCCCUUGCCCGACAUGUACUCGGCCGAGCUCAAUUCCGUCAUCAAGGACUGCCUGCGGGUGAACCCGGACCGGCGUCCCGACACGGCGGUGCUGCUCAACAUGCCGGUGGUGAAGCUGAUGCGCAAGGAGAAGGAGGUGGUGGACCUGAACAAGGCGCUCAAGGCGCGCGAGGAGGCACUCAAGCGCAAGGAGAAGGAGCUCGACGACCGGCUGGCCAGCCUCGACCGGGAGACGACGGCGGCGCGCGACGAGAUGGAGGCGUCGGUCCGGAGAGAGUGGGAGGUCAAGGCGCGGCUCGAGAUUGACCGGCAGGCCAACUUGGAGAUUGAGUCGCUGAAGAAGCGCUUCGAAGACGAGGUGCGGGUGCACGUCGAGGCGGAGCUGCAGCGAAGAAAGAGCGUUGCCUUUGUCGCCGACGAAGCGGCGGCGGCCGCAGACGAUCUCGGGUCGUCGGUGGCCAAGUCGGACUACCCUCGGUCGUCGACGGGCGCGAGCGGCGACGAGUUCCCGUCGACGACGGACAUUACCGACUGCUCCCUCGACAGCCCGGACGCGUCGCGCGAGGCCAAGCGCAGCACGCGGACGCCCUUUGGCCGGGCGCAGACCAUGUUUGCCGGCACGCCCAUGGACAUCGAGAUGGCCUCGCCCAGCCCCAUUGCCAUUGCCUCGCUGUCGCUGUCGCCGCGCCGCAACGGCACCACCAAGGCGCCCACGACGCAUUCGGGCAACAUCUUUGCCGUCAACAGCGCCGUCAACGGCGAUCCGCGCUGGGAUCUGCACCGCGAGCCGACGCUGACCGACUCCGACGACGAGGACAUUGUGCCUUCGCCCACGCGCCACAUCCGCUCCUCCAAGAACCCCUUCACCUCCAAGGACCGCCCCGUCUUGACGUCGCAGAAGUCGUGUCCCGCCCACCAGCAGCACCGGCUCAAGACAAAGGUGUCGAGCACCGGCCUCGUCUCCAAGGCGACGGGCAUGGCCGCCAACGCCGCCGCCACCGCCGCCGCCGCCUCUACCCCUGGCGGCACCGCAUCGCAGCCAGACCAUCGCCAGCGCUCGCCGGGCCGCCAGUUGAGUAAGAUUCCCUCGGUGGCCGGCCUGCACGAGGCUUCUGCAGCCGGGAACAACAACAACAACAAUAACAACAACAACAACAACAACAACAACAAUGCGGGAGGCGGUGGCGGCGGCGGCCUCGGUCGCAAGACGUCGGUCAAGAAGGACUGCGGGGGCGGCGAGGCGCUGAGCAAGAUGGCGGCCAAGAACAACAUACGUGGCCGCACGCUGGUGGAGCUGCAGCAGGCUCGCGCGGGCGGACGGCCGCUGAGCGUGGCGUCUGCGGAAAACAUCAGCCCCAAGCGAGCGGCGUUUCGGGACCGACCCGCCGUCGCCGACCGGAGACCGGUGGCCGUGUGGGACCCGGAGCGGGACGAGAUGCCGAGCCCAUUCCUCGUCCGCCAGCGCCGAAUCGCGAGGGUCUAG